CUGCCGACAUCGCCAGCGAGCGGCUGCCCCCCUCCUCAUUAUCCCCGAUGGGGCAGAUAAUCAAGCCCCAUUCUUGCAGCAUCCGUGGUGUUGAUUUCCUUCCCCUUCUACUCUGUCCAUUUGGCCUGACAGUAACCUCCAGCGGGGCACCAUUAUUAGGAUGAUAAUGAUCCUCCUUCCCACUAGUGGCAUGUCAUUGAUGCCAUCUUGACUGUUACUGUACCCUCCAACCUCUUGCCCCCGUUUGCUCUUCCAGAUCUCAUCCACUUCUCAUCCUGUUUCUUGCUGCUCCUCUCCGCGUGUGAUUUGAGUCUGACAUCGUUCUGUAGGGCUUCUUGCUUUGUUUCUUGGCUGCUCCUGCCCGCGUUCUUGGGUGCGGUGGAAGAGCGGAGAUGGGUUUUUUCAGCACUGUGCUGGGUUUCUUUGGGUUUGGAGUCGGACUGACCUUGGGGCUUGGGAUUGGGUACUACAUCUUCAUCUACUUCCAGCCCAGCGAUGUGAAGCACCCUGUGAUCAGGCCACUUGUUGAGCUUGAUACAAAAUCACUGGAAAACAUGCUUCCUGAGAUUCCUCUUUGGAUAAAAAAUCCAGACUUCGAUCGGAUUGAUUGGCUAAACAAGUUCAUUGAGACUAUGUGGCCCUAUCUUGACAAGGCAAUCUGUAAAAUGGCAAAGGAAAUCGCCAAACCAAUUAUUGCUGAGAGCACUGCAAAGUAUAAGAUUGAUUCAGUUGAAUUUGAGACAUUAACAUUAGGCUCAUUGCCGCCAACAUUUCAAGCCACAAGCUGCGCCAUUUCUAUUGAUAUAGAAGAAGGCUACAAGCAAUGAUAGAAUAACCUAUCCAAUGAAUCAACUGUAGCACUUCCUCAAAUGUUGGAGCUGUGUUAACUGCAUCCAAGUUGGAAGACGUGACUAACUAGACUGUCUAUUAACAACUAGGAUGAAGGUCUACACCACUGAUGAACAAGAACUUAUAAUGGAACCUUCAGUAAAGUGGGCUGGGAAUCCUAAUAUCACUGUUCUAGUCAAAGCAUAUGGGCUAAAAGCAACGGCACAGGUAAUUGAUUUGCAAGUAUUUGCUCUACCACGCAUAACCUUGAAGCCACUGGUUCCUAGCUUUCCAUGUUUUGCUAAAAUACUCGUUUCACUUAUGGAGAAGCCCCAUGUUGAUUUUGGUCUGAAACUCUUAGGAGCAGAUCUCAUGGCUAUCCCUGGCCUUUAUGGAUUUGUCCAGGAAACUAUCAAGACCCAGGUAGCAAAUAUGUACUUGUGGCCCAAAGUACUCGAGGUGCAAAUCAUGGAUCCUGCAAAAGCACAAAAGAAGCCUGUUGGAAUUCUCUAUGUUAAUGUAGUACGGGCUGUUAAACUCACCAAGAAAGAUCUGUUGGGCAAAUCAGAUCCAUAUGUGAAGUUAAAGCUAACAGAGGACAAACUUCCGUCGAAGAAAACAUCAGUGAAGCGAAGCAACCUGAACCCUGAAUGGAAUGAGGAAUUCAAAUUAGUUGUUAAAGACCCAGAGUCUCAAGCUCUGGAGCUCACUAUUUAUGAUUGGGAGCAGGUUGGGAAGCAUGACAGGAUUGGAAUGAAUGUUAUCCCACUGAAAGACCUUACUCCAGAUGAGACAAAAUAUGUUACACUUAACCUGCUGAAGAGUAUGGAUGCAAAUGACCCAGCAAAUGAGAAGUUCCGGGGACAGCUCACCAUUGAUGUAACAUAUAAGCCGUUCAAGGAAGGUGAUUCUGAUAUUGAGACGACUGAUGAGUCUGGUGUCAUUGAAAAGGCUCCUGAUGGCACACCAGAAGGUGGUGGCUUGCUGGUAGUUAUUGUCCAUGAAGCACAGGAUGUUGAAGGAAAGCACCACACCAAUCCAUAUGCACGAAUUUUGUUCAAAGGUGAAGAAAGGAAGACAAAGCAUAUUAAGAAGAAUAGAGAUCCACGAUGGGAACAAGAAUUUGGGUUUGUUUGUGAGGAACCACCUAUAAAUGAAAAAAUGCAAGUUGAAGUCAUUAGCAGGCCAUCAAGUCUUGGCAUACAUUCGAAGGAAAGUCUUGGCUAUAUUGUCAUUAGCCUUGCCGAUGUUAUAAACAACAAGAGGAUCAAUGAGAAAUACCAUCUCAUUGACUCGAAAAAUGGCCGCAUUCAGUUGGAAUUGCAGUGGAGAACAUCCUAAAAGACCUCACGCGCUGGAGCCGUGAACCUGUAAAGUUUGUUUCUAUUUGAAACUUACCACACAUGUAAGCAUAAGCAUUUGUGGACAUCUAUUUUAGUUAUUUAAUAUUUCUUUUUAUUAUAAUUUCCAAAUUGUUUUGGACAUCAUGUUUCUCCAGUUUUGGUAGAUAUGGUUAAGAACGGAAAGAGUUUGUCGAGAUGAAUAACAGAAUUGAUAUUAUGUAAAGUGGUUCUUCGGUGAGUGUCAUGGGUCGUUUGAAAGGCA